AAAUGUAUACAAUAUGUUAUGUCGGUGUAUAAGGUCCUCCAUGCGUGGCCCGUAAUCUGUAACCAGUGGCUCCCCGCCAUGGCCAGUGACACCUAAUAAAUAAAAAAAAUUUAAAAAAAAAUAGUUGUCUAUUAACAAGUGGGUCAAACGGCGUUCCGUAGGAUAUGCCCUUGAAAAUUUAUGAUACAGGAAAAGUAAAAUAUGGGAUCCUUAGGCUUGACCCCUCAAACUGAUUACUUUGGAAAAACAAAAAUUCGUGAACCCAAGAAAACGAGCAGCAAUCCAGUAAAACAAGAGCCUAGUGGAAUGCCUAAAAACCGUGGAUACAGAGCUGAGAUACUAGCUUUCACAAUAGGUUCUGGAUUGCUUUUGAUUGCAUUCUUAUUUCCCCCUGUUAAACAUGAGGGUCAUGGAUCUCAACAAAUUGCAGUACAAGUUGGCUUCCUCAUGUGGUUUGGGAUGACAUUUGUAAUGGCCGAGAUUAUUCGUCGUGUUUGCCUGUUUUCCGAAGAGAUUUUUCACUUGAGAACUCGCUACGAUGGAUCUAUAUCCCGGGUGGUACUUCACGUAUUUAAUUCGCGAAACUCUGCCAAUUUCUUCACUGUCAUCAUUUUGCUUUCUCUAUUGUUUAUCAGCUCAUCAGAUCCCAUGGUGAUGACUGAAAUUAGCUCACACUGGCCAACUUCAUUUGGAUUGUGUGGCCUGUAUAUUAUUUUCAUUUCGGUAGUGAAACUUACGGAGAACCUUGUUGACUGUGAAGUUCUGCUAGAUGACCGUGUGAUGGCUAUUGGACACGGACUGGCAUAUUCCUACUAUUAUGGGUUCUUAAAAAUAAUCCUUCCUGCAAGCGAAAACAGUCAAAGUCUCCGAGAUCGUGCAUCCCAUUUCGAGUUUGAAGAAAAAAUCCAGUUAGCAUCUAAGAAGAUGUUAAUACUGAUUCCUGACACGUGUUUUUGUACCCCGAGUUUCCAAGAUAUGGCGCCAUGUGGACAAAUAGAAAGAGUCAAGACUCUGGAAGACGUUAUUAUUUGCCGAGCUGGAAUGAGAGGGCGGCCCUACUCAGCUACUGUUUACUUAAUCCAGCCUGAAGGAUCCAAAGCCCCUGUAUAUGUCAUGAUGGAAAUGCCAUCAAUUCUUUUCGUCCUGUACGAAAUGAAUACCAUAGGACACACUAAUUCAAAACUCACCGCAUUCGAACGAACUCAACAGGCACAAGCUUUUUGUCGAGUAUUAGGACGACUCCUUGAAGACGAUCCGAGCUGCAAGGACAUGUAUGACAUAAUAUACUUCAAAGAUCAAAACGCAAACCUAGCCCAGAUGAUUUACGACCAUGUCCAAAACACAAAGCAAUAGUUUCAGUUUGCUUAUCGACCCCAUUAAACUACCCGUGGCUAUCUUUUCCCGUCUUAUUAAAUCUAUUAUUUACCUUUUAAAAUAUUUUAAUUUACUAAGCUAUUCAAAUGAUUACCAAAAUAGUUUACUGGCUUAACAUGAAGAAUUUAGAUGUUCACAUCCUCUUUAAUCAACGAAAAAUUUACCACUUGUUCAGACACUGUAACCCCCAAACGAAAGUAUAAAAUUACACGCUGAGCAAACGUUUUACUCGUCGAAGUAGCGCUUGAACAAAA